CUAGAACCAAUAAAAUUAAUGUGAUCGUUCCCAUUGCCAGUGUGAACCUCCUUGUUGCAGUGCUUUUUUGGGAAAGCUGCUGCUUUUGUAACUCCACUCUAGCGCUUCGUGAAUAGGAGUCUGACGAGUGCUCUAUCACCAGGGUUGAAGCAAGGCUUGAAUAGCAGGGACUGUCAACAUAGGGCCCCCCGGAGCCACGGACACACGCUGCCACAGGCAUAAGCAUAACUAAUAACUGGACGCGUCGUAGACUUGCACGCCUUUCGGCUUCACGGUUUGCUCAUCAGCUACUGACCGCAACUAACAAGGCCAAAGGUGCAGGUUCAGUGCGUAGGAAGCUGAGUGAGACUGACAGGUGAAGGGUCACACCAAAGCGACAGGCUUGCACCACACUUGACAUUAUCCCUAACCCUAUUCCUGCGACGGGCGCGAGCCUGCCAAGUGGAGUGCCAACACACUUGAGAAGUGGCACUUUCCGCAGUCAUUGUCAUUACCUGAUCUUCUGAUUACUGGAGACAGUUUCCCAGGCUGUGCUACGUAGGUAGACUUCGGUCAGUUUGGAAUCGAGAGGAACGGCCGGUUAGCCCCCGGAUUCGAUUAUAAUUCCUUUUUACUCUACCCUCCAUGAUGCGACGCUGUUCUGCGGGACCCGGUGCCAUUAGCGCACAGAUGCAUGUCAGCGGGCGACUCGUGUGCCUUCUGGCUCUGUACUUGGCUGUUGCCGCAGCAGAAUCGGAUUCAGUCUGCGCUGAGGUCUAUAAACUUGAUAGAAGCCGACUUUUGCAGAAUCAACUAAGAUGGCGGGAAGACUUAUGCGCUGCCGAGACAUGCGAUUGGACAGUGGAACACCGGCGCAUUCAGCAUGCCUCAGGCGCUGAGGUGCACACCAGCUCCAUCACCUCACCAGUGAUCGUCCUGCCAGAGGUAGCAAUGACCUGCAGUGCAAGCUUCGAGUACUAUAAUAACAAGGCCUUUUAUCGACUUGGAAACACAGUUAUGUACGUUCUGUACCCUCAUGAAAUUGAUCGACGGCCCCUAAUCAGCCUGGACUCUGAUGGAAGUAAUUGGGUCGUGACCAACUUCACAGCUGUACACAAAAGCUUUUCAAUUGUUUUUGAAACUACUGUCCGCGUUAAACCCGUCCAGCUAAAUUUCACCCGCGAAAUACACCGGGGGUCUUACAGCGUGGGACAAUUCGACAUCUCCUGUUGCUCAGAGGCAAAAUGCACUAUCUUCAAACCGAUGGAGUACAAAACUUCACCCAAGGGAUUUGCACUGGGAGAUUGGCGUUUUAUAAGUAUACAAUCGCCAGAUGGAAGCCGAGGCACUCCACAAAGCUCUCCAAGCUUCAGAGGUGGUUGA